AUGCGGAUGGCGAUGCCAGAUAAUGGCACUAAUUUACCUAAUUACACCCCAAUACCACCCAGAUACCCCAAGGGGCGCGGGGCCGGCCGGGUCGAGGCGUGCGCAGGCAGCAGUCCGCUCGCUCACGCCGCGCUGGCCGCCUGUGUGCCUGCCCGAGCCGCCCCAGCGUUAUCAACACGAGUCCGCGCUAUCAGUGGAUUGUGCAAGUGA